UCGCCUGAGAGCCUCGCAGCGCGGCUCGGGACCCAGAGCUCUGCUUGGGGGCUUCAGUUUGCAGCGCGAGAGCCCUGCGGAAUCGGGCUGUGCAUGGCCUCGCGUGAAAAGAGUGAUGCAUUGCAAAGAAACCCAAUAAUAAUAAUAAUUAAUAAUAAUAAUGAGAGAUGGGCUGCAGCAGGCAAAGGAUGGAGAUGCUCCAUCGUGCAUCUACACUUCUGUCCCCUUUGAAGGGGGGUUGGAGCCAGGCCGUCCCCGGAGGGGGGGCACCGGUGGCUUGGGUCAGGCUGGGCACGGCCCGACCGGGAACCGCCAGCGCCUGGGAGAGUUGGAGCACGAUGGCUUUUUUCCCCCCAAAUAACGAGGGGGUUUUGGCAUAAAUCAUAGGCGAUGGGUGCGGGAGCCAUGGCAGCACUGGGGGAACUGGGAGCACUGGUGCUGCCAGCACCGUGGAGGUGCUGCCGGGACUUUUGCAAACCGCCCUCCCCAAACCAGCUGCUGGCAGCGAGGAGGAGGAGGAGGAGGAGGAAGGUGAUUUACGGCCAGCGACGCUCCGCGACGCUGAUCAGGCAGCGGCAGGAGCCGCUUCGCACGCUGCCGCUCGAUGCAUCUCGCCGUGUCACAUCGGAAAAUUAAAAUGUUAUUGAUAGGGGAGGUGAAGCGCAGCCAGAUCUGUUUUAUUCCGCACUGGCGGAGCUGCAAACGGGCCCGGCCGGGCUCAGUGCCGCCGUCCGAGCGGGGCCUCUCCUUGUCCGAGAUGGCCCAGCUUGGCGCCAGCCUUUCCCGGGGAAUUUUCCCACCUUGGGAAACGCCGCUGAGCAAAAAGGCUCGAGGGGGGUUUGGGGGGUGGCAGUAAUUAGCCCAAGACCAGGUGCAUGAGACCUUUGCGAAGCAGCAGGACCAGCCAGAAGAGCUGCCUCUGCCGCAGACUCGCUCGUCGCCAGCGGGGAAAAUUGCCCAGCUAUUUUUAGCACGCCGCCUAAUUAAAUAUAUAGGUAAUUUUGCAUCUCGCAGGGAGGCUCUGCAGAAGAAGGUCUGCUGGCAGCAGCAGCACCCCCGAGCACGGGUCGAAAACGCGCGGUGUCAUUUAUGCACCCCCAAAUUUUCAGCGCUUCAGGUUUUGCAGCCCUCAGCCUGGUGGCAUGCAACCUCGCUGCCGCGUUGCCGGCGAAAGGUUUUCCCGCUGUGGGGGGAUAAAAAAAAGAUUUCCCACCAAAAAUCCAGCCCUGGGUUGGUUUUGGCUUGAUUUAAUGUGAUAUUGCAGGAAGACAGUGAGCGAGGGAUAAAACGCUGCCCGAAAAGGCACCGUGGCUGCAACAGCAUCGCGUCCAGUGGAAGGGAGUCUUUUUUUUUAAGCAUUUUCAUGAAAUCUGCAGGAAUUUCAAUGUUCUUUUUAACCCAAACCCCCUUUUUUCAGGCCGGAGCAGGCGCUGGGAGAGCUGCCCCAUGUUAUGUUCAGAGAUAAACGUACUCUCGCGACUGAAAAAUAUCUUAUUCCCUCUCUCUUCUCGCAAAUAAACACAGCCCAGUCUCUCUUUCUGCAGGAUGUCCAUCACCGACCCCACUUUAGUCCGUGCUGUGCAUGUGUAAUCUGGGAAGUACCAGGCUCAUUUUUUUCCAUGUAUUUUGCUUUGGCUGAAUAAUCAAAAAUUCUUGGCUUAGUUCUGAUGUGCAUCAGUCAAGGAGAAAUAUAUGUGGCUACAGGUACGCUUGCAAAAUCCGGCUGCGUUGGCUUAACUGAAAAAUCACCCUGGGUGAUUGGUGAGGGUGGGAUGAUUGGUGUCUCUUUAUUUAUUUUCCCCCCCUUUUGGUGGUUUAUUAAUAUUUCUUUCCUGCCACUAGAGAUUCAGUCUCAUCUGCUUCUUCUGAGCUCAUCAGAAGAAAAAAAAGCAAAAACGCGUCCGCGGAGCCGGUGGGGGUUAUAUAGGGCGUGCGGGGCGGGCGCCGGCAGACCGGGGCGCGGGGAAGCGGCUCGGCCCCCGGCACCAUGCGCCGGGUCCUGCAGGGCCUCUGCCUGCUGCUGCUGCUGCCCCUGCAGCGCUGCGCCGUCAUCACGGGGGCCUGCGAGCGGGACCUGCAGUGCGCGAGCGGGACCUGCUGCGCCGUCAGCCUCUGGCUCCGGGGCCUGCGGAUGUGCACGCCGCUGGGACAGGCCGGGGACGAGUGCCACCCCUCCAGCCACAAGGUGCCCUUCCCCGGGAAGCGCCAGCACCACGCCUGCCCCUGCUCCCCCAGCUUCACCUGCGCGCGGGGCGCUGGCGGCCGCUACCGCUGCUCCCUCGACUUCAAGAACAUCAAUUUUUAGGCACCCAGGGCCGGCGAGCCGAUCCGCAGCGAUUCCCUCGCGAAAGCCGACCCGGCUGGCAGAGGCGGCGGGGGGAACCUGAGCUCAUUUUUUGGAGGACGGAGACCCGCUCCCGCGCCGAGCGCCUUGCCGCAGCAUGCAAAAUAUGGGGUGAUGUUUGGCCAGUUUUGCUAGAAAUUCAUUUCAGACGAGGUGAGGUUUCUGGCAGGGCCCAAAUGCCCCAUUUGUGUGUUUUUCAGCCCAAAGAGGGGAGGUCUCCUGCUUUCAUUAUUUCUGUGCUUUUUGCAAUAGGAAAGGUGGAAGUUAACAGGGGCAAAAAGCCUGUGACAAGCCCGUAAUUGGCUCAGGGCAAUGUCAGCGGGGCAGAAAUUUUUGCUUUCUGGGGACUUUCAGCAUUUGGGGGUUCAGUCGACAGCCAAACUUUCACUUCUGCUCAACCCAACCCAAACCUCUGCAAAAUGCCCCCAAACCUUUGCAAAACACCCCCAAACCUUUGCAAAAUGCCCCCAAACCUUUGCAAAAUGCAGCCUGCAGCCUCCGAGCGCCUCGACUGACUGUCUCAUUCCUACCGGAGAAAGCGGGUUUGCGGCUGCUGCCGAUGGAGAUACGAGUCCGUCGCCCGGUCUUGCCUUGGCGGGACAUUUCUGCGUGGAAGCAGCUCUUGAAGCCGGUGGUGAACGCACAAAGCCCCUUCUGCAAUUAAAAAAUAAAUAAAUAAAAAGAAAGGAAAAAAGAAAAAGCAGUGAUUAUCAGCAAGCGAUUAAUGAUCAGGUUUCCCCUGCGUUCAGCCCCUAACGCAAGGCAGCUCACAGCACACUGCAUUUAGCAGCCAGAGCUGCCCUGAGCCACUUAAUGUUGCAUUCGGGCUUUGA